CAUCACAUUUGGCAGCACUAUAAGUCGGAUGUGUGUUGGUGUUGUGCAGUGAGGUGAAUCGAGAAAAAGUUACGAUUUUCUCAAUUUAUUGUGAAAUUAAUUGAUAAAACUCAUAAUUUCAUAUAAUAAUCUCAAAGAUGAGUUCAAAUAUAAUACAAACGCGUUAAAAGGCGAAAUUAUUUCGCAGGGUAGUGCGCUGUGUAGACAUUUGUAAAUUUUACCUUGCAAAAACGUACGAAAGACAAGAUAAAACGUAACAAAAAUAUCAGCAGCAGCAGCAGCAGCAGAACGGUGUGGCACCAGCUUAGGGCGGCAGCAAUCACGCAGACGAACAUUUUUGGAAGGAAGGUCGGUCGAUUUAUUUGACCGAGGGCAAAAAGUAGAGUGUGGAAAAAAUAAAAUUCGGCGUAUAUUUCAUAUUUGUCGCGUUUCGAAAAUUUCACAUAUUAGAAUUUUCAAUGCAACAAAGAUACUGAGAUAACAGCGAAAAUUGCCUUUUCGAGAAUUGCCACUUGGAGUUGGUCGUGGUGUUUUGGGCUUGCCGUAGACAAAAACGCUAAGAUAGACGCGGUGUGGGGUUGGGCUUCUGCCCCGCUGCGUUUAGCGGCGAACAGGAUGGGCGAUCCAAUGCUACCAGGAGCGGCUGGCAGCGCUGGCACAUCAACUGGUGCCAUCGAUCGUCCACCGUCUCCGGCACGUCUAUCGCACACCUCGGAGAAACACCCCAAGGUCACAUUAUCGGAAUUGAACAUGCUACGACGCCAUCGUGAACUUUGUGAUGUUGUACUCAAUGUUGGCGGUCGUAAAAUAUUCGCACAUCGCGUCAUACUCUCCGCAUGCAGUCCAUAUUUUCGCGCCAUGUUCACCGGCGAACUGGAGGAAUCACGACAAACUGAAGUAACCAUACGUGAUAUUGAUGAGAAUGCCAUGGAGUUGCUUAUCGACUUUUGCUACACUGCACAUAUCAUUGUUGAGGAGUCCAAUGUGCAGACUUUGUUGCCGGCAGCGUGCUUACUACAGCUGGUCGAAAUACAAGAUAUCUGCUGUGAAUUCCUAAAACGGCAAUUGGAUCCGACAAAUUGUUUGGGCAUACGCGCCUUUGCCGAUACGCACUCGUGUCGCGAAUUGUUGCGCAUUGCCGACAAAUUUACACAACACAACUUCCAAGAUGUUAUGGAAAGCGAGGAGUUUUUAUUGCUACCCGUUGGACAGCUAGUGGAUAUCAUAUGCAGCGAUGAGUUGAAUGUACGUUCCGAGGAGCAGGUUUUCAAUGCGGUCAUGUCUUGGCUGAAAUACAAUGUGGCCGAUCGACGUCAACAUUUAGCACAGGUUUUGCAACAUGUACGCUUACCGCUAUUGUCACCGAAAUUCCUCGUCGGCACUGUUGGCUCUGAUUUGUUGGUGCGCUCCGAUGAAGCAUGUCGUGAUCUCGUUGAUGAAGCCAAAAACUAUCUGCUAUUACCGCAAGAACGUCCACUAAUGCAAGGUCCACGUACGCGGCCACGCAAACCCACGCGUCGUGGUGAAGUAUUGUUUGCUGUUGGCGGUUGGUGUUCGGGUGAUGCCAUUGCCUCCGUAGAACGCUUUGAUCCGCAAACGAACGAUUGGAAAAUGGUUGCACCGAUGAGUAAACGUCGUUGUGGCGUUGGUGUUGCUGUACUGAAUGAUCUACUUUAUGCUGUUGGUGGGCAUGAUGGUCAAAGCUAUUUGAAUAGCAUUGAACGUUAUGAUCCACAAACAAAUCAAUGGUCUUGCGAUGUCGCGCCAACCACCUCGUGUCGCACGAGUGUUGGUGUGGCCGUCUUGGAUGGAUUUCUGUAUGCUGUUGGCGGGCAAGAUGGCGUACAGUGUUUGAAUCAUGUUGAGCGAUAUGAUCCUAAGGAGAAUAAAUGGUCCAAGGUCGCACCAAUGACAACACGUCGUUUAGGCGUUGCCGUCGCCGUUUUGGGUGGCUAUCUCUAUGCAAUUGGCGGCUCUGACGGUCAAUGUCCACUAAACACUGUCGAGCGGUACGAUCCAAGACAAAAUAAAUGGUGUGCUGUUAAUCCAAUGUCUACACGUCGCAAGCAUUUGGGCUGCGCUGUCUUCAAUAACUACAUAUACGCUGUCGGUGGACGUGAUGAUUGCAUGGAAUUAUCAUCAGCUGAACGCUAUAACCCGCAUACAAAUACCUGGAGCCCCAUUGUGGCAAUGACUUCGCGUCGCAGCGGUGUCGGCUUGGCCGUAGUUAAUGGGCAGCUAUAUGCCGUUGGCGGUUUUGAUGGCUCGGCCUACUUAAAAACAAUUGAAGUUUACGAUCCGGAAACAAAUCAAUGGCGUUUGUGUGGUUGUAUGAAUUAUCGUCGUUUAGGUGGUGGCGUCGGUGUGAUGAGAGCACCACAGACUGAAAACUAUAUGUGGAUACGCAAAGAUUCCGUUGUUUGAUUGCAUACAGAGGAGUGCUAGUAAAGCCGUGGCCACGUCAUAACUAAUUUGCGCGUUGCUACGGUACAUUUUAAGGCUUUUAAGCUUAAAUUAAAUUCAUAAGCAGAGUAUAUAUAUAUAUAUAUAAAGAAAACUAAAAACUACAAACAUAAAGAAGAAAAUCGAAUAACCUAACCUAAAACUAAUUAUAAAUUAUAUAUAAAGUGAAAACAAAAAACAAAACUAAACAAAAAAACAAUUGCGCAUGAAUUCCAUUUACAUUAGAACAAAUGAAAUUCAUUGUUUGCCGCUUGCCUGUGAUGUUAAUGUGGAUUGUGAAAUUGUGCGAGUGGCCGUCAUGUUGCGCUUAGCCAAAUUUCAUUUUGUAAAAUUGAUAAGAAAACAUUUCCACAUAGCUGUUUUGAACAGCUAUUUGUCCCGUGCACUGUAGCAGUGCUGAGACGUAAUCAUCUAAACAUCUAAAACAAAAAAAAAAUCAAAAACAAAAAAAAAAGUUUAUUGCUUGCGCGGUGUACGGGACAUGCAAAUCAAUUUUUGUGUAAUCGAAUAUAAAAAAAUACAAUAUUACGCGAGUUGUUUGUUGGUGUAAAAGAUUGUACUAGUUUUAACAAGUGAAAAUAAGCGUAUAAAAAUUUUAACUGCCUUCUAAUUGCAAAUAAAAUAAAAAAUAAAAUAAAUUUUUUAAUUUAAUAUUUAAAAAAGCCUAUGAGCAGCAUCCAUUAGCUGUGCUAACACGAAGAUGUAUUUGAGAAAAACAAACUGCACUACACCAAAUACAUUGUUGUGCUAAAUUUUAAUUUAACCCUACUUUUUGUAAUGUAAUUAUUAUAUCAAUAUAUUUGCAGUUCGUUAGUGUUUAUACAUAAAUUAAUUUUGUCUAAUUUGCAACUGUAUUGUAUACAGCACGCAUUAAUACACCAUAAUUUUGUUGUUGCACUUUGAAUAAAGACCAAAACAACUAAAUAAAAAUGAACCUGAAGCUGGCAGCUCCCACUCAUAGUAUUAAGCUACUAAAUACAUGUUAAACAAUUAAUAAAAGCAAAUAAAAUUAAAAAAAUAAUAAUAAUUAAAAAACAAAAAA